ACAGUACAGAUAUAGUCUGAACAAGUAUCCUGCUCAAGUGCUUCACAACUCCGCUUCGCAUAGAAAUAAACUGUCGGCUGGAAGUUGAACCCACCCAGGCCCGCCUUUUGAGAUGUUUUUGAAUUUCAAUCCCCUUGCCAAACCAGCAAUGUGGAGCUUUGUCUACGUGAUUCCCUUGGCUCGUUCGAGUCCCAUGCUUCCAGACUCAGCAGACAGUCGUGUUUUUGGGACUGGCAUUGAUACAAUUCAAAGGGUUUUUGAAAACGAUCAUUACAAGUUGUUACCCAGUGGAGGACUGAUCAGCCGAGAACACCCCUUGGCAGAUAAACCGUUCAGCCACCAAUCAGACUUCUCUGGCAUUGAAGCCCACCGAAUGAAGCUUAAUGGGCACAUAAGCUACCAAGAAGCUUUGAAUUCUGAAUCCACUUUAGCGCAAAAUCGUAGAAAACGGAAAAAGGCAGAUCAAAAUUAUGAUAGUGUCACUAGUUCGCGAGCGUAUCUUCAUCCCAAGGAUUUGGCCACUGGGGCAACUCAAAAUGAGAUCCAUUAA